UUUCUCCCGUUCAAAGCAGCAUUUUGUCUUCCGUGAGCCAAACCUGCGUCUCAGGCUCCGACAAAACGCAUGAAAUCUCGGCUCCACCUGGCAGCGGGACCCACACCGGCGCACCCCCGAGCAUGAGGAGGAUUGGUGGCUGUAACCCUGCCCAGACCGGAGGCUGCUGGUAGGGAUGGUGCCGCUGUGAAGAGCCGGUGUGACGAGCCUGUGGUCGGGGGGACGCGAGAGGAAGCAGCGCCUGGACAUCAUGACUGUUUUCAACCCGGAAAAUGUUGAGGAAUUUUAUGACAUUGGAGACGAGCUGGGGAGCGGUCAGUUUGCUGUUGUCCGGAGAUGUCGGCACAGGACCUCGGGUGUGGAGUACGCUGCCAAAUUCAUCAAGAAGCGGCGCAGCAAGUCGAGUCGACGGGGGGUGACGAGGGAUGACAUAGAGCGCGAGGUGAACAUCCUGAAGGAGAUCCAGCACCCGAACAUCAUCACGCUGCACGAAGUCUUCGAAAACAAGGCUGAGGUCAUCCUGAUCCUGGAGCUGGUGGCCGGAGGCGAGCUCUUUGACUUCCUGGCAGAGAAGGAGUCCCUGAGCGAGGAGGAGGCCACGCAGUUCCUCAAGCAGAUCCUGGAUGGAGUCCAUUACCUGCACUCCAAACGGAUCGCCCACUUCGACCUGAAGCCGGAGAACAUCAUGCUGCUGAACCGCUCUGUGCCUCACCCGCGCAUCAAGCUCAUUGACUUUGGACUUGCCCACAAGAUCGAUUUUGGCAAUGAUUUUAAAAACAUCUUUGGAACUCCAGAGUUUGUAGCUCCAGAAGUAGUCAACUACGAACCUCUGGGCCUGGAGGCCGACAUGUGGAGUGUUGGUGUGAUAACAUACAUCCUCCUGAGCGGAGCCUCUCCUUUCCUGGGCGACAACAAGCAGGAGACGCUGGCUAACGUGUCGGCCGUGGACUACGCCUUCGAUGAAGAGUUCUUCAGCAACACCAGCGUCCUGGCCAAGGACUUCAUAGCACGGCUGCUCGUCAAAGAUCCAAAAAAGAGAAUGACCAUUCAAGACAGCCUGCAGCACCCCUGGAUCAAGCCAAAAGACACUCAGCAGGCGCUGAGCAGGAAGGAGUCGGCCGUCAACAUGGAAAAGUUCAAAAAGUUUGCAGCCAGAAGAAAGUGGAAGCAAUCGGUCCGACUCAUCUCCUUAUGUAACCGCCUGUCCCGCUCCUUCCUGUCCAGGAGCAACAUCAGCGUGGCCCGCAGCGAUGACACGCUGGAUGAAGAAGACUCCUUUGUGAUGAAGGCUAUCAUCCACGCUAUAAAUGAUGACAACGUGCCGGGUCUGCAGCAUCUCCUCGGCUCAUUGAACAGUUAUGAUGUCAACCAGCCCAACAAGCACGGGACUCCUCCCCUCCUGAUCGCAGCCGGCUGUGGAAACAUUCAGAUCAUCGAGGUCCUGAUGAGGAAAGGUGCAGAGAUCCAGGCCCACGACAAGAGUGGAGCCAACGCGGUCUACUACGCAGCGAGACACGGCCACGUCGAGACCCUGAAAUUCCUCCGUGAGAAGAAAUGCCCUCUGGAUGUGCAAGAUAAGUCUGGAGAGACAGCGCUUCAUGUGGCUGCUCGCUAUGGGAACGUGGAUGUGGUGAGCUACCUGUGCAGCAUCCGGGCCAACCCAGACCUGGCAGACAGGGAGCAGGAGACGCCUCUGCACUGCGCCGCCUGGCACGGCUACUCUCCGGUAGCCCGAGCACUCUGCCAGGCGGGCUGCCACGUGGACGCCAAGAACCGCGAGGGGGAGAGCCCGCUGCUGACAGCGUCUGCCCGGGGCUUCGUGGACAUCGUGGAGUGCCUGGUGGAACAUGGAGCCGAUCUAGAAACAACUGACAAGGACGGCCACACGGCUCUCCACCUGGCCGUACGUCGCUGUCAGGUGGAAGUGGUCCGCUGCCUCCUCAGACACCGCUGCCAUGCGGAUCGGCAGGACCGCCACGGAAACACGCCGCUCCACAUCGCCUGCAAGGACGGAAACCUGCCAGUCGUCACGGCCAUCUGCAAUGCUAAAGCUAGCCUCGACCUCCCCAACAAGUACGGCAGAACUCCCCUCCACCUGGCUGCUAACAGCGGGAGCCUCGAGGUCGUCCGUCAUCUCUGCCUGACCGGAGCAAACAUCGACGCCGUCACCAACGACGGAAAGACUGCGGAGGAUCUGGCCUCGGCUGAUCGUCACGAACACGUCGUUGCGUUGUUGGGAAAGCUUAAAAAGGACAACCACAAGCUGAGCUACAUCCAGCAGCUGCGGCCCACUCAGACUGUCCAGCCCAGGAUCAAGCUAAAGCUGUUUGGACACUCGGGAGCCGGGAAGAGCUCCCUGCUGGAGUCUCUGAAAUGUGGCAUCCUGCGCAGCUUCUUCCGGAGGAGGAGGCCACGCAUGACCAACUCAGCCCGGCACCCCAACUCACCCAUCAACUCCAAACCUGCUGUGUCAGUGAGCAUUUCCAACCUGUACCCCGGCUGUGAGAACGUGAGCGUGCGGAGUCGCAGCAUGAUGUUUGAGCCCAGCCUGACCAAAGGCGUCCUGGAGGUCUUCUCCCCCGUCCACAACGCUCUGUCCACAGCCGACGAGCAGGCCACAAAGGCCAUCGACAUCCAGCACGCCAACAUUCACGGCGUGGGGGAUUUCAGCGUGUGGGAGUUUUCUGGAAACCCGGUGUACUACUGCUCCUACGAUUAUUUUGCGGCCAACGAUGUCACAGCGAUCCACGUGGUCCUGUUCAGCCUCGAGGAGCCAUACGAAACCCAGCUGGGCCACAUCACCUACUGGCUGAAUCUGCUGAAGGCCCUCACCCUGCCGCAGGAGACCAUCUCUUUUGGAGGUCGGAUCCAGCAGCCCCUCGUGGUCGUGCUGGUGGCGACGCACGCCGACCUCGCUAACGUGCCCCGAGCUUUCUCUGGAGAGUUCAGCUAUGACAAGGAGAGGGCGCUGCUCAAGGAAGUCAGGAACAGGUUUGGUAAUGAUCUACAGAUCAGUGACAAAUUGUUUGUGAUGGACGCCGGAGCCUCAAACUCCAAAGACAUCAAGCUGCUGAGGAGUCACCUGCAGGAGCUUCGAGCCAGCAUCAUCUCUAGGUGCAGUCCGAUGACGCUGCUGUCGGAGCGUUUGUUGGCCACUCUGCCGGCCUGGAGGAAGCUGAGCGGGCCCAACCAGCUCACGUCGUGGCAGCAGUUUGUCAGCGACGUCCAGGAGCACAUCAACCCGCUGGUGAGCCAGGAUCACCUGCGCACACUGGCCCUGCAGCUUCACAGCAUGGGGGAGAUCAACAUCAUGCAGAGUGAGACGGUGCAGGAUGUCGUUCUGCUGGAGCCUCGAUGGCUCUGCAGCAACAUCCUCGGCAAGCUGCUUUCCGUGGAGACGCCCAAAGCCAUCCACCACUACAGGGGGCGCUACAGACUUGAGGAGGUGCAGGCCCUGGCGCCUGAAAGUGACGUGGACGAGUUGCUGCAGAUCCUGGACGCCAUGGAUGUCUGCGCCCGGGACGUCAUAAACCCCACCAUGGUGGAUGUUCCCGCCCUCAUCAAGACAAACGGCCUCCACCGAUCCUGGACCGAAGAGGAGGAGGAGGAUUCGCUGAUCUACGGAGGUGUCCGAAUUGUCCCGGCCGAGCAUCUCACUCCCUUCCCUUGCGGCCUCUUUCACAAGCUGCAGGUGAACCUGUGUCGCUGGAGCCACCAGCAGAAGCCCGAGGAGGACGGUGGCGACGACAAUGAGGGAGAUAUCCACCUGUGGACCAACGGUGCCAAAGUAAGCCAGGUGGGAGUGGAGGCCAUGAUCCUCCUGGUCAACCAUGGGCAGGGUGUAGAGAUUCAAAUACGUGGACAUGACUCAGAGCGGGCCAAGUGCUACACCCUGUUGGACACCAUCUGUAGUAUAACAGAGAACCUGCUGGCCUCCAUACUGCCCGGACAGCUCACCGCCAAAUACUACCUGAGUCCUCAGCAGCUGCGGGAACACCACGCCCCCAUCAUGGUCUACCAACCCAAAGAUUUCUUCCGGGCUCAAGUCCAGCGGGAGACCUCACUCACCAACACCAUGGGCGGCUACCGGGAGAGUUUCAGCAGCAUCCUGGCCUUCGGCUGCGCUGAAAUUUACCAGCAGGGGAUUCUGGGAACGGACAUCCACAUAUCAGACGUCCCCCUGCUGGCUCGCAGGAAGCUGUGCCGCAUGCUGGACCCUCCUGACGCCAUGGGAAAGGACUGGUGCCUGCUGGCCAUGAACCUGGGCCUCACAGAUUUGGUGGCCAAAUACAGCAACGGGACUCCAAACGGCACCGCUGAGCUGGACUCGAACCCAGACUCCCAGCAGGGCGUGCUGCAGCCGAGCCCGACGGCGGCGCUGCUGCAGGAGUGGAGCAGGCGAGCGGGCAGCACGGUCGGCGUGCUGAUGGUGAAGCUGAGGGAGCUCGGCCGCCGCGACGCAGCAGAUUUCCUGCUCAAAGCUUCACCCGUGUUUAAGGUUAACAUGGAAGCACUGGGAGGAGCCGCCAACGGCUACCCCCCUACCUGCAACGGCGGCACAUCGUACAACUCCAUCAGCUCCGUCAUAUCCCGCUGAGGGCUCUGCGUCCUCGCCAAACGCCGGGAGGUCCUUCUGAUAUGACGGACAGAGACUCGUGCGUGAAUGAACAUGAAGUGCAAUCGUUCCAGUCCAGCUGCUCACUCUUUAAUCACUCCGUUCUGUUGGCGUGUGAUGUUGUGUUUGUGCUCUCCACACCUGUACAGCCGACCUUUCCUCCCACUAUGAAUGUUGUGAAAGAACUGAACGCUCUGAGCUCCAAAGAGGAACCCCGUGUUUUUAUUCUCUUUUGAAUCUUGUCGUGCUGCUUAUUAACAUCCCUCCUGCUGUACCACACGCUCCAGUCUGACUGCUUUAAAGCUACCAGCCAGAAAGUAAGAAAUCUCCACAUGUGGUUAGAAAGAUGGCAGCUGUGUGUCUGGACCUCUUUCACAUCCAUCCUCAAACCUGAGGACUGCAUGUGUGUCGUGUACACGCAGGAGACCGUCAUCUCCACUCGCUCCAUCCAUCGGUUACAUUUAAUAUCAGCUCCUCCUCGCUUCCGGUUUAGUGAUGUGAAAUUUGGCCGUUCAGCUUAGUGUUUAAUAAAUUUACAGCAUUUUUUUAGAGUGCCUUGGUGGCCUUCUACCUCCCUGAAGAGCACAGACAGUCUUGUUAGUACAAAAGCAGAAGUCCUUUGCAGCCAUUUGAAGAACUGUGCCUUGUUGACAUAAAAGUAAAAUGAAUUUCUGAUGCGUCGAUUUCGCUGGCGGGCCGUCGUUAACAUGAAAAAACCACGUUGCAUGAAAAAAAACGAGCACGUUGUAAAGUUUGAAAACUAAAUUUCAUUUUUCACAAAAGCAAACAUGAAGAUGACAAAGAUGAGUUCAUCUCAGCGUUGGUGUAUUUGUGGACGUUACUGAUAAUCCUGCAUUAAUAUUCCUUCAUUCUUCCAUCCAGCAACAGAAUAACUGAAAUAUUUACUUUUACAGGUCCCAGAAUUUCCUGUGAACCUCCUUGAAUAAACUUUGGUACAGCUUCAUUACAGUUUGGGUCUUAAGUUGGUUUCCUCUGAAUUUCCUCAUCGUGGACUCAAAGAUGCUGAGAUCUUAGAUCAAAAAAAAAAAAAAUUGGACAAUCUCACCUUCUAGCUCACAUCCUGUUCAGACCUCUUGCACGUGUGCAUCUGUGAUUUCCCCACAGACCUCAAACAUCAACCUGCCAAUCAUUCCCAACCUCUGUCUCCAGACUGCAGCUCAGAAGAGUCUAAGA